AUGUUUACAGCUUUAAUCUGUCUGGUUGGCGCCGCCGUAUUGGUGGGCCUGGCAUUUCUGUUUUCCCUUGAUCGCAAGCGUAUUAACUGGCGUACCGUGUUGCUGGCUUUGGCAAUGCAGGCAGGCGUUGGCGCUCUGGUGCUUUAUGUACCGAUGGGUCAGGCAGUGCUUGCUGCCAUGACAACCGGGGUCAGUGCGAUCCUGGAUUAUGCUAAAGAUGGCAUUGUUUUUGUUUUUGGUGAAGUGGGCUCCGGCAAGCUCGGCUUUGUUUUUGCGUUUCAGGUAUUACCCGCAAUUAUUUUCUUCUCGUCGCUGAUUUCAGUGCUGUACUACACCGGCGUGAUGCGCUGGGUGGUGAUGGUGAUCGGCGGACUUUUCCGCAGCGUGUUGCGCAUCAGCGCGCCAGAGUCAUUAUCGGCGGCGGCAAAUAUUUUCAUGGGUCAAACCGAAGCGCCCAUUGCGGUGCGUCCGUUUCUGGUACAGAUGAGUCGGUCAGAAUUGUUUGCCGUCAUGGUAGGGGGGCUGGCAACAGUCGCCGGCGCGACCAUGGCAGGCUAUGCCGCGUUAGGCGUCGAGCUUAAAUAUCUGAUUGCCGCGAGCUUUAUGGCCGCCCCCGGGGGGAUUGCUAUGGCCAAGAUUUUUGUGCCUGAGCAGCCGGACGCCAAGUUGAUUAAUGAUGUUGGCGAACUGGGCAGCAGUGAAGAAGAUCCGGCGAAUAUCUUUGAUGCGGCUGCCAAAGGUGCAACCAGCGGUUUAAUGCUGGCGGCCAAUGUAGGCGCCAUGUUGAUUGCAUUUAUUGCACUAAUUGCGCUGGCCAACGGGUUGUUUGGCUGGGUCGGCGGGCUGGCUGGAUUCCCUCAACUCAGCCUGGAACUGGUGUUGGGUUAUCUGUUUGCGCCGAUCGCUUUUCUGAUUGGUGUGCCCUGGGCGGAAGCGGUUCAGGCAGGCAGUUUCAUUGGCCAGAAACUGGUGCUCAAUGAGUUUGUGGCCUAUGUGAAUCUGGUGUCCGAUGGGGCAAACCUGUCGGCACACACAACCGCAGUGGUUACCUUUGCUCUGUGUGGCUUUGCAAACUUUUCUUCCAUCGCUAUCCUGUUGGGCGGUAUUGGCUCCAUGGCGCCUGAACGGCGACCUGAAAUCGCUCAGUUAGGUGUGCGCGCGUUGUUAGCAGCGUCGCUGGCAAAUCUCAUGAGCGCGGCCAUUGCCAGCUUUUUCCUCGCUUAUGAGUCCUGCGGGUUCUGUGGCAUAUCCGAACAUGGCAUCAGUGAUGUUGUCAUUGAUGAUGCCUACGCGGUUCUGCGCGAAUUUUUUGCACUGCCUGCGGAAGUGAAACGCCAGUACCAGACCCAGACUGCGGGUGCGCGGGGUUACACCAGCUUUGGCAUUGAAACCGCAAAAGACAGCAGUCACCCAGAUCUGAAAGAAUUCUGGCAGGUCGGGCGUGAGGUGGGGUCUGAUGCAGGUGAUCACGAAGCUUUGCUGCCCAAUGUUUGGCCAGCUGAGGUGCCCGAAUUUCAGCCGAAGCUGUAUCGUCUGUAUGAGGCGCUGGAAGGUCUCGGCAAUCGUGUGUUGGAUGCUCUUGCACUCUAUCUGAACCUGUCGCCAGGCUACUUUCGUGACAAGGUGGCUCACGGAAAUUCUAUUCUGCGACCGUUGCACUACCCGCCAAUUGCCCAGCAGGACACCUUGUCACUGCGUUCUGCCGCACAUGAAGACAUCAAUCUGAUCACGCUGCUUGUGGGUUCUGAGGAACCCGGACUGGAAGUGCUGUCCAGAGAUGGCCAGUGGGUGCCGAUUAACAUGCAGCCAGGCACUAUUGUGGUGAAUAUCGGCGAUAUGAUGCAGCGAUUGACGAAUCAUGUUCUGCCAUCAACAACCCAUCGAGUGGUGAACUCGCCAGAGGCUUACACGGGUGGCAGUCGUUAUUCGAUCCCGUUUUUUCUGCAUCCUAAUCCGGAAUUUGAAAUUGCCACACUGCCGGGGUGUAUCACUGAUGAAAAUCCCAAUCGUUAUCCUGAGCCGAUUCUGGCAGACGAAUACCUGAAACAACGCCUGGUUGAAAUUGGUCUGAUGUAA